AUGAGAACAACAUCCUCCGGUAUCUUGCGCGAGCACGACUUCCUACAGCAGAUGAGUGUGACGGUGGGUCUGGGUGUGUGGGUGAAGGAGAAGGCCGAGGAGAGAGCAGCUGGGGUGGAGGUGUUGUCCGGUGUGAUCCAAGUCUCAGUGAGAGCAAGGAAGUCAAGCGAUUGCUGUGUAGCAAAGCCCGAGAUGAAGUCUGCCUUGCGGGUAGCUGACUGGCAGUUCCAUAGGCCCCCUGCGACAAGGGCUGCUAAGAGUGAAAUGACCAUGAAGGGCCAGCUGAGGGCGCUGCAGUGCCACUUCACCUGGGAUCUGAAGCCCGGCAGGAACAAGAGAAUCAAUCUUUUGAGAAUCAAGGACCAGCUGCAGGACAUCGGCACAGAGGACGGACGCAAGUGGCUGGGACACAUCUACAACCUGCAGGGGUACGUCCACUUCCAGCUGGGGUCCAUUGAAGAAGCCAGGAGUUUCUUCAGCAGAGCCGAGGAGGCCUUCAGGCAGAUGAGAGGAGCAGAGGAGGGUCCCUGGCUGGUGGUGACCUACGGGAACCAGGCCUGGCUGCACCAUCAUCAGGGAGAAGAAGCAGAGAGUCGGGCUUGUCUGUCAAAGAUCGACGUCCUGAAGACUGAGGAUCCAUCGCAGAAAGGGCUGCACCCGGAGAUCUGCGCUGAAAGAGCCUGGACUCUGAUGAAGUUCAGCAGAGAACAGAAGCUUCUGGCAGCUGAUUACUUCAAGAGAGCCAUCCGGAUGCAGCCGGAUGUGGUGGAGUGGCAGACCAGCCAUGUGAUAUUGUUAGUUAACAUGUCCGAACACAGCGGAGCAGUGGUCAAGGAAGACAUCAUGGAGAAGCUGAGAAAAGCCAAGGAACAGGAUCCAGAGAACCUGUACCUCGCUGGCAUUUAUCUCCUGCAACUCGCUAAGAAAGGAAAACCAGACCAGAGUGGAGCACGAGAGUUAGCCACAAAGAUUCUGAGGAACCCUGUCAGCAGCUACAGUGGAAUCAAACCUUUGCUGUGGUUUUACAAAACCUUCAUCUCCAUAGACGAGGCUGUGGCUUUGGCCGAAGAGGCUCUGAAGCUACAUCCAGAUGAACGUUAUCUGAAAAGAUGGGUCGCACUCAGCUACAAAUGGAAGAUCUGGGAGAAGGACAGUCGCCCAAGCCAGAGCCUGAUAGAGAAAGGGAUCCGUGCCUAUGAGGAGUUGCUUUCUCUUUAUCCUGAUUCCUCAUUUAUGAAGAGAAUUGACCUCGCAGAUAUUUACGCAAAGUCAGAGAACACGAAUACCAAGGCCAAAUCUGAGAAGAUCUUCCAGCAGCUGCUCGCAGAGGAUCUGCAACCUCCUGAACAACAAGUCGUCUUCCACCUCUACGGAAAACAUCUGUUCUACACUCGACAGCAGUAUAACUUGUCAAUCCAGUAUCACAUGAAGGCGGCGGAGAUACCAUUCAAGUCCCACUAUCAGGAGAACAGCAUCCAGCUUCUGGAGAAGAUCAGACACAGGAGGGGGAACCAAGAAGUCGACCGGUUUCUGUCCAGGCUGAAAGAAUCUCAGAAAUAA